CGCAAAAUCAAAAUCGAACCCGCACGCGGCUCGAAGGCGACGAGCAGACAAGGGACAGCAGCAACCAUGCACAGCGCCGCGGACGAGAUGCUCUACUGCCCGGACUGCCGCCGCGCGACGGAGGUGGUGCUCGACCACGCCACCGGCGACACCAUCUGCACCGACUGCGCGCUCGUCCUCGAGGCGCACUACAUCGACGAGGGCUCCGAGUGGCGCAACUUCGCCGACGACGGCGGGGGCGAGGACCGUGACCCUAGCCGCGUCGGCGGGCCCAACGACCCCUUCUUAUCCAACGCCCCGCUCGUCACCCGCAUCGUGUUCUCCGGCCCGCUCAAGCAGCAGGGCGAUGGCGCCGCGCUGCCGAGGAUGCGGAACGUCGGCGGGCCGGACACCGAGCGGACGCUGGUGGAGGCGUUCCACGCCAUCGCCGACAUGGCCGACCGGCUCGGCCUCGUGGCCACCAUCAGGGACCGCGCCAAGGAGGUGUACAAGACGCUGGACGAGGCCAAGGCGUGCCCGAGGGGCAAGAAGCGGGACGUGUUCUACGCGGCCUGCCUCUACGUCGCGUGCCGCAACGAGGGCAAGCCGCGGACGUACAAGGAGUUGGCCUCGGCGACGCGCGCCGGCGCGGCCGCCAAGAAGGAGAUCGGCAGGAUGACCAUGACCAUCAAGAAGGUCCUCGGGGAGGAGGCCGGGAAGGUGAUGGACAUCGGCGUCGUGCGCGCCGCGGACUACCUGCGCCGCUUCUGCUCUCUGCUCGGGAUGGGCAACCAGGAGAUGCGCGUCGCGCAGGAGGCGUCGCGGAGGCUGGAGCACAGCCUCGACGUGCGCCGCAACCCCGAGUCCAUCGCGGCCGCCAUCAUCUACAUGGUCGUGCAGCGCGCCGGCUCCAGCAAGACCGUCCGAGACGUGUCCAUGGCCACCGGCGUCGCCGAGGGCACCAUCAAGGAUGCGCACAAGGACCUCACCCCGCAUGUCGGGCUGCUCUUCGGUUAG